AUGACUAAUUCAAGUCAAGUAAAUGCUGGAACAGUAAGUGCUGCAACAACAUCGGUUGCACACAAUCGUUCAAAUGCUGCCCUAGCACCGGCUGAGAAACCUGCAAAGUUUUCUGGAAGGUUCAUUAAUGAGAACGUUCCUGUUAUGUCGGAUGAAACUCCGCCUGAAGAACGAUUCUUGGAUGAUCUGUACAAUGUGUACAGUAAUAUGAAAACCUCAAAAGAACUCUGGGAUGCUUUAGAAAAGAAGUACAAAACAGAGGAUGCCGGAAUGAAGAAGUUUAUUGUGGCAAAGUUUCUGGACUAUAAGAUGAUAGACAGAUUGGUUGUGAAUUAUGCGUUUCAAGUGGCUACAAUUAUUGAGAAGUUACCUCCAUUGUGGAAGGACUUCAAAAACUACUUGAAACAUAAACGCAAGGAGAUGACUGUUGAAGAUCUCAUGAAAAGAAAGAAAGCAUCUGAUCCAAAGAGCAAUCCUCCUAAGAAGAAAUUCAAUGGAAGCUGCUUCAACUGUGGCAAACGUGGUCAUAAGGCUACUGAAUGUAGGGGUCCCAAGAAGGACAAGAAGCAGGAUCAAGCAAAUUUGGCUGAAUCCAAAGGAGAGAUGGACGAUCUUUAUGCAAUGCUUUCAGAAUGCAACUUGGUUGGAAAUCCAAGAGAAUGGUGGAUAGAUUCUGGUGCCUCAUGCCAUGUUUGUGUCAACAAAGAAUUAUUUUCAUCAUAUACUCCAGCACCUACAGACGAGAAGUUGUUUAUGGCAAUUUUCGCUGUUGCAAAGGUGGAAGGAACUGGCAAGAUCCUCCUAAAGAUGACAUCAGGCAAGGUGGUGACUUUGAACAGGGUCUCGUUUACCACAAAACUUGUGGGGGGAGGCUAUCCUUACAGCAAAUCGAAUACUCAAUAG